AGCAGCUGUUUAUAACAGUGCCAAACAACGUGAAUUACAUAUGUAUCUCACAGCAGCUGCUUCCUCACUAACAGUAGAUAAUUAUUUUUACCAUAGUUUCGUUGCUCGUCUGAAUCGGCGUGCCGGUACUGCGGGCAAUUACAACAGGAGAUAUACAGAUACAGUGCACUGGCUUGCAGGAACUGAUAAUCAAAGCAGUGAAAUUUCGGAGAGCUAUGGAAGCCUUGAUGAGUCUACUGUCAUCGCAGGGUGGCAAACUCGUAAUUGCGGCUGUCAACGCCAUCCUGGAUAAGACCAGUCCGGGUUCUAGCGCGGUACGGGGGAAAUUUGUCGACUACUAUUUCUUAUUUGAUACCCGCGAUGAGCUAUUAAAAGUCCAUAAAUCCAUUACGGAAGCCAAUAAAAAACUACAGGAGUCAUUUAAAAAAGAAACCCAAAAAAUUAUGACAGCUACACAGCACCAGGACAUUAGCAUGAAGGUGUGCAGGAUUUGGAACAAUUUCGACAAUUUUAUUACUGCACGCGAUUCCCAAUCACAAGAGCGUCGCAAACAAAUUUUUCUUGCGGAUAAUGCCGAUUGCGUGUUAGCUGAAUACCAUAAAGUAAUCACGACAAGUAACGUGACCAGUCGCUUCCUCGAUGAUCUCAUUGAAACUCAUGAGUACAUAGCCUUUCAAGAGUGGUGCGAUGUUCUACUGACCAACAGUUUACUUGUAUACUGGUGCGCAAAAUAUCAACUGCGCCUUGAAGCCGAACCUGGUGAUUUGAUGGCCACAUUGCAAGUCCCAGAGCAUAAACUGGACUCGCAGCUGGAGGAUAUCGUCAAUGCGGUCAAGUCGGCGAAAAGUCGGUAUCACAGGAAAUCGUUUAGUUCUGGACAAACCGAAAACCAGCUUAACGCUGAUAAGGAUACAUCGGAGUUUGUGAAAAUGGUUGAUGAUUUCAUGGUCAACAGUUAUGACGAAUCGAGUACAGCAAAUCAGCGGCUGGCAAAUGAUCUUGGUAAACAGUUGAAAGAUAAAUAUCCGUGGCUGAUCUGGGCAGUGGUGAUUGCGGAAGAUAAUCGUGACUGGCGUAAUUUUAUUUCGUAUUCAUCUGAUGUCGAAGAACAUUUAUUACUUCAAACGUCCACACACAAGCAUCGCGUCCCGCUUUUGAACAACAUGAUACAACCAGAUCUAUUUCACAAAACAGUCUCAUCAGGACAUAGGUAUGGCAUCUUCACGUGCAAACGGAAAUUCGAUAUUGCCGGAAAACUGCUCCACCAGCGGCGGAUUACUAUAUUCUGGAUAAACCGCGAAGACAUCGUUGAAGUACAUUUGAUGAAUGCUGAUAAAAAUGGCUUACGCAAUCUGAAUAUAAAAAAGCUGGCCGAAGAUUUCGGAUGUUCUACGGCCGAAAAGACCCUCCAGAUUAAGGAGCGGAACCAACAUCAAACGGAGCAGCACCGUUUUAUUGAAGAUGCGCUGUACCGGAACGGAUACCAUUAUGUUGCCUACAUGGGGCUGCGAAUAUCAAGAGAUGCUGAUGUUACCGGGAUGUACCUCUCCAAUCACGGCGUCAGUCCGUCGUGGCCAUAUCACGUACAGAAUAAAAGCGGCCAUCUUCUCUUAUGGGUAACGAACGUUACUCAAGGAGCCAUAAAUCGUAUGCGAGUGGUGUCGGAAAUGUGUCUCGCCGAGGAACUUUUAAGAUGCGGCAUAGACUUUCGUGUUGCCCAAGGAAAAAUUAAAACGACCAAAGCCCAGUCUUUGCCGGACAUUGACGUGGAAACCCUGCUAAUGAUGGCCAAAAAAUCUGUCGACAAGGGAAACAAACAUUUGGCGAUGGACGCCAUUGCUCAGGCAACCAACGAAUAUGAAUAUGCAAAUGCCCUUCUAGAUCAUUCCAUCAUCAAAAGUUGUGGCGAUCGGAUUCCGCUGCUAGUGACAGCCGGCAGCAAUUUGGCGCUUUCUUAUUUGAAACUCAGGAACGUACAGGCGGCCCAGGAAUCUGCCAAUGCAGUUUUGCAAAAUUCACGGCAUUCGGCCGAAGCACUUAUGAUUCGCUGCUUGACUCACCUCUCCUGCCGGAAAUAUGCCGAAUCAGAGCAGGAUAUGUGCCGUUCACUUAAAUUGCAGCCGUCUAAGCAUCUGGAAACAGUCCUUAAAAUGAUACAGCUGGGGACUAUGAAUGGUGGUAACGAGAUACCACAAAGGAAUCGCUCCGCAAAAGACACAGAAAUCUGUUCCACGCUAUCGAAACUAAUAUUAGACCUUAGUCUAACAUUGCACAGCGCCACAGAAGCCGAACCGGAGAGAGAAGAUUUAAAAGAACUCCGGAACACGCUGUCAGCAUUCAACACGCUGGUAUAUGACGUUCAGGAAAAGCUGCAACCGAAGAACGGUCCAGUCCGCGUUUGCCUUUUGAUAGGAUGGCUUGACGCAGUGCUCCAUGUGGCUAAGCACAUGGAACAAUUAAGAGCAAAAGGGGUACUUUUGCGACGAGAAAACGUGGAAAUGGAACUGCUAAAGCUGAAGGUACUUACUGCCGGGAAAGACAUCUUUUUGGAACCAGGAGACAUCCAGAAGAUACGUAAGCACGAAACCACCAUAACGCGACCUCUGCCUCCUCUUCCCAAGUAAAUUACUAAACUGCGACCCCUCCCUGCCCUUCCGUAAUGGUCCGGCACGGCUUUUCGAUGUCCUCUAUGUGAUUUGCUAAAUCCCAUGGCUAAUACGUCAAGGCACCUGACAGUGUCAGGCUCAUACCACUUUCCAUUUGGCACGCUUGGUCUUCAUAAACUGACACAAUUUAUUUUCAUUUCUUCUCUUUUAAAUUGUUUUAAUGCGUACGAGGUUUGGAUGCAACUUUAUUAUUACUUGAGGUGCAUUUAUCUUAAUUUUUGUGCACUUAACCUGAUUAAAAUGGUCAUAGGUUUUAUUGUUGCAAGGACUCCAGCCUUUCAUUCAGACACUGCCGCACAGUGCUGCUGCUGCUACAGUAUUCAUCUUGAUCACGCUUUCAUGUACGAGCCACCAGGCGGCACCAGCCACGUUUUCCCAGCUAAUAUCACCGCAUAGAUUUUGUGGUUUUGUUGGGUUUCUGUUACUUGUGUGGGUUUGGACAUAUCUGACUA